GGAGGAGGAGCCACCUCCUACAUCCUGCUGUCGGGGCACCCUCCCGUCGUGGCUCGGCUAUAAAGAAAGCUUCUACCGUGGUGAUCACGACGCGCCUCCGGUAGCUUCCUUGGUGCCUGAUCCCGGUCUUGGGCAGCGGCUUUCCCAUCAAGCACCAUGCGGCUGUUUAUUGCUCUGCUGGCGCUGGCGUGCGCAGCCAGCUCUUCCGCAGAAUCACACUGGUGCUAUGAGAUUCAAGCCAAGGAGCCCAACAGCAUCUGCCAGGGGCCUGACCUGUGGCCUGGAAGCUGUCAGAACAAGAACUACCAGUCUCCCAUCGACAUUGAUACCGAUGAGGCGGAGGUGGACAUCAACCUGAAGCCCUUCACCUUCACUGGCUAUGACCAAAAGAAGACAUGGUUGGUUCUGAACGAUAAACACUCAGUGAAGAUACUCCUGAGUGAUGGCAUCUACAUUGCGGGAGGGGACCUGCCUGCACGGUACAAGGCUGAACAGCUGCACCUACACUGGUCACAGGAGGAGAACAUGGGCUCAGAGCAUAGCAUUGAUGGGCAACACUUUGCUAUGGAGAUGCACAUCGUACACAGGAAGGAGACGUCUAGCGCUGAUGCAGAGAACUCUGAGGACAAGAUAGCAGUGCUAGCAUUCAUGGUUGAGGUGGGGAACCAGGUGAACGAGGGCUUCCAGCCCCUGGUGGAGGCCCUGUCCAGUAUCUCCAAACCCAACACAAACACCACGAUGGAGGAGAGCAGCCUGUGGGACAUGCUUCCCAAGAAGGAGAAAUUGGUCCACUACUUCCGUUACCUGGGCUCACUGACCACACCCGAAUGUGAUGAGACCGUCAUCUGGACUGUGUUCCAGGACCCCAUUAAACUCCACAAAGACCAGUUCCUGGAAUUCUCCAAGGAGCUGUAUUAUGACCAAGAACAGAAGCUGAACAUGAAGGACAACGUGAGGCCCCUGCAGCAGCUAGGAGACCGCCAGGUGUUCAAGUCCCGUGCUCCAGGACAGCUGCCGUCUUUGCCCCUGAUGGCUCUCGUGGUCCCUACACUCACCUGCCUGGUGGUCAGCUUCCUCCAGUGAUGGUCCUCUUCUGGAUAUGUGACCUCUGACCUCAGCCUUUAUGUCUCUCCUAAAGGAUAUGGUUCUUUCCUUGGACCUUCCAUGUUGGAUGUCAGGGACUAUUAAAAUAGGAGUAGCUGGCUGUGGUGGUGCGCACCUUUAACCCUAGCCCUUGGUGGGGGCAGAGAGACAUGUGGACCUCAGACCUCUACCCCGUCCCCCCAAAUUAAACAAAAUAAAAUAAUGGAUAUAUUUUUG